AGCUGUGUCCGCUUUUGCGCCCCCGAGUUGGUUGGUUGGUGCCUGGCCUGCAACAGCCGAAGUUGACUGCCGUGAUACUUGCCAGCGGAGCAUCCGAGACAUCGCAGCUGACACCCGUCCACUCAACGCCGCCAGCACGCAACGGCCACCCAACGAUGUUAUUUAAGCUUAUUUCGGGUUGCAGAGCUAGCUGGAAUCCGCUCCCGGUUCCAAUGAUGUGACUGUGGGUGCUAUCAGCCGGGGAGAAAGGGUUAUCGCGAGCAUCGCCUGGGGACGACAUCUCAGGCGGAGAUGAGGUGAUCGCGUGCGGCGAUGGCGAGCCUGCCAACAACGAUGGUGACAGCACCUCUUGGCAAUGCAUACUUAAGGGGAACAAUCACCCUGAGCACGAUCUUCUCUUGUUGGAGUUCUUUGGUUGAUGCAAGACUGCACCACCACCCUGCGCUAUCAUGUUCCGCCGUGAAUAUUGCCUACCGGAUGACCAGCAGGACCCCGUCUGGCCAACCUUCCCAUUUCGGAACCGCGUCUCCUUCCCAGUCUGAAUGCCGCGACAAGCACCGACACCGGACCGGUGAGCUGCGAAAGAGGCUGAUACCUGAUAGUGUCUGGAAACCGCCAGCCGCCCGACUCCAAUACACCAGCCAUACACAGGAUAACAAGCACCUUCGUAUCACCGCUGUUUCGACUCCACGAACCGCUCAACAAUCUUCCAAGUUCCUACUGCUCAUCGUGUUGAUAAUCCCGCACCGGCUCGUGCCCCGUAGCAAAAACCGGAAUGUGCUGGCUGAUCCUCAUCACACUAUGAAAAGCAUCCACCGGUCGGUUAGCGAUCUUCCGUCGCUGAGAUCAACCGCCGUGACAAGUUGAUAACAGUACCUUACGUGUCAUGGUUUUGGUCGAGCGCAUGCAUUCAACGGAGAUUUGGGGAUUGGCAUUCCAUGGGUCCGCAACCCCACGUCGGGUGGCUCGCCAGUGAUGGCGGCCUCUGACAGGGCCUGCGUGAUGGGGCUUACGACGAUUCAUUUAUCCACUGGUCGUCUGAUUGAUUGAUAGGAG